AUCGCAAACCCGUCUCCGGUUUGUUUUCUGUCCCAGCCUGUGAGCGGGUUAGGUCGGACCUACCGGUCGGGAAUUAUUUGUUCCUUGUCUUCAGUGUCAUUCGCCAAGCAGCAUGGGCCCUGGCUAGAAUCUUCUGGAAAGAGCCGAAGCUAUUAGUUUCGAGCACAACCCGAUUCUGGUCUGGGAGUCGCAACGCCGCCAAAAUAGCCGGCCCGGGCAGGAAGCGGCGCAGCUCGGACUCAGACCCCAGUGAAAGCGGCUCGGCCGGCGGCAGCGUGGUGAGGGACAGCCGCCCCGUCAGCGGCAAGUGGUUGAAAAUGGCCAGCAGCUCUGCAUCGGGCGAGGCGAGCCGUAGGCGCGCGCAGAGAGGAGCUGAGGAGAGCAGCAGCAAGAAGAAACAAAAAGACCGCGCGAACCAGGAGAGCAGAGAGGCCAAGCGUGCUGCAACCGCGGCCAACCAAGAGACUAAGAAAGAUGUUUUUCUAGACUGGAAGCAGAAUGCAGAUGAAGUGAUAGUCAGGCUACGUUGCGGAGAGGCUGUACUGAAGGUUGAGAAUGUUGACACUGCCUUUUCAGAUACGGCCUGCCAAGUACGCUUUCCAGAUGGGCGUGAGUGGAGCUGUCACCUACAUGCUGAGAUAGAAAGCUCCUGCACUAAAGUGCUGUACAAGGAGAAAGCCAGCAUAUUGCACUUGGUCAUGCACAAGAAGAUACCCUUCAACAACUGGCCCACUCUUAUGAACAACCAGGAAACCAACCCAGUAGACAUAUUGAGGGAGAAUGGAUGCAGUCACAAGUCAUCAACAGAGUGGUCUGAGAAAUCCAGCUUGAGCUCGGGACCGCUCAAAACUUCGAGCAGACUGGCUGAGAAGGCACCACCAACAGAUCAGAAAUGCAGUAAAUCUGACCGCGGGGUAAAAAGAGGGAUGAAGAACAAGCAGACAGGGAACCCCGAGAGUACAGGUGUCAAAGUAUCUGAGACAAGGCCGGGCAAUAAAGGAGACCAGACGCCUGAGCCGACUGCCAAGAGAACUGUCCGUCCGUACAAAAGCACAGCGGAGCCCACUGUAGCAUCUAGCCCUGCACAAGAGCAUCAGCUCAAGCCUAUAACAAGCCAUGAAUCUGCCCCUGUGCCCUUUGCUCCCCAAGAAGGCAAAUCAGAAUCCCAGACUAAAGCAUGCCAGGACCCACAAAAAGAGAAGAAGGUUGAAAAAAAGACAGACAGGACCAUUCAGGCUGAAGCAAGUGAAUAUAAGGAUAAAGUAAUUGUUCGUGAACAAAGGCCUGAGUCCCAUGAGCCUCCUAGAGUCAUACCUCCAACGCCUUGUGAAACCCAUAAGCCCAGGGAGACCAACAGUGGAGAAACUGCUACAGAAGACACACUAAAAAACAAGGAGCAGGAGAGGACUGACGGUGCAAUGCAGGACCGAAGACAAACAGAUGUCCCAGCCCACCAUGUGGAAUCUGAAGAGGCUGUUCCACCAGCUGACUCCAAGAAGCAAGGAAUUAAAAAUACAGAGGAGGAAAAGAGGGACCGAUCUAAAGAGGAGCCAUGUGAGAAAAGUAUUGAGAAGAAUGACAGAGGCCCAGAGCCAAUGGUGAACCUGUCAUUUGUGAAGAAUGACUCAUAUGAGAAAGGGAUAGACCUGAUGGUUGUCAAUGUCUACUUGAAGGAAAUUUGUAGGGAGAUUUCCAAAGUGCUCUUCAGGGAACAAGAUUUCACCCUUAUCUUCCAGACCUGUGAUGCAAAUUUUUUACGUCAACAUCCAGACUGUGGACCAAACACUGUCUUUAGAUGGCAAGUCAAACUCAGGAAUCUGAUUCAGCCGGAGCAAUGCAGUUUUUCCUUCACUCCAUCACGCAUAGACAUCACCCUGAGGAAGAGACACAGUCAGCGCUGGGGUGGUUUAGAAGCCCAAGUUCCACAAGGUGCAGUGGGGGGCGCAAAGGUUGCUGUGCCCUCCGGGCCUUCCUCUCUCGACAAGAGUCAGCCUGGGAGCAGCCAGCAUGCUCUGCCUGCCAAAGAGGAGCCUCGAGCAGGGGAGGAGAAACCCAAGUCCUCCCGGGCUUCAGAGGAGGGUACUUUAGAUGCUGUGGUUCCACGAUCUGUUUCUGAUCACGUUCCUAUCAAACAAGAGCCAGCCAUUACCACCCCGAAGCCCACCUGCAUGGUGCAGCCAAUGACCCAUGCUCCUCCUGUAGGCAGUGAGCGACCUGAGGAAGAAGAGGAAAAGAAGGUGUGUCUCCCUGGCUUCACAGGACUGGUCAACCUGGGAAACACAUGCUUCAUGAACAGCGUCAUCCAGUCUCUUUCCAACACACGGGAGCUAAGAGACUAUUUCCAUGACCGGGCAUUUGAGACGGAGAUCAACUGUAAUAACCCCCUGGGCACUGGUGGGAGGUUGGCCAUUGGGUUUGCGGUGCUGCUGAGGGCUUUAUGGAAAGGCACUCAUCAUGCUUUUCAGCCUUCCAAAUUAAAGGCUAUAGUGGCCAGUAAGGCUAGUCAGUUUACAGGUUAUGCUCAACAUGAUGCCCAAGAAUUCAUGGCCUUCCUCUUGGAUGGGCUGCACGAGGAUCUGAACCGUAUCCAAAACAAACCAUACACAGAAACCGUGGAUUCAGAUGGUCGCCAGGAUGAGGUUGUAGCAGAAGAAGCAUGGCAAAGGCACAAGAUGAGGAAUGACUCGUUCAUUGUCGAUCUGUUCCAAGGACAGUACAAGUCAAAGCUUGUGUGCCCAAUGUGCUCCAAGGUUUCGAUUACCUUUGACCCCUUUCUAUACUUGCCUGUCCCGCUACCUCAAAAACAAAAGGUGCUCACUGUCUUCUAUUUUGCUAAGGAACCCCACAAGAAACCAGUCAAGUUUUUGGUGAGCGUUAGUAAAGAGAACUCCAGCACAGCGGAAGUGUUGGAGUCCAUUUCCCGGAGUGUGAGAGUGAAACCAGAGAACCUCAAAUUGGCAGAGGUGGUGAAAAACCAUUUCCAUCGGAUAUUUCUGCCUUCUCACUCUCUUGAUACCGUUUCAUCCGCUGACACGCUCUUCUGCUUCGAGGUGCUAUCUAAAGAGCUGACUAAGGAGAAAGUUGUGCUGCUUAGGGUCCAUCAGCGGCUUCAGGUUCCCAGUAUUCCUAUAGCCAAGUGUGCUGCCUGCCAGAAACCACCUCUGUCAGACGAUGAGAAACUGAGGCGUUGUACACGUUGCUAUCGUGUGGGCUACUGCAAUCAAACUUGCCAGAAAAACCACUGGCCCAACCAUAAAUCUCUGUGCCGGCCCAACUCUGAGAAUGUGGGUAUGCCUUUUUUGAUCAGUGUGCCAGAAUCAAGACUUACUUACACCCGCCUCACUCAGCUUCUAGAGGGGUAUUCCAGGUAUUCGGUGAACGUGUUCCGUCCUCCAUUCCAGUCUGGUCGAACAUCCCCUGAGGUUAAUCUAUCACGUGCUGAUCACUCUCCAACAACCAGUUCAAUUGCUGAAGGACAUGGGACAGAGGAAGAAGAAAUUGAUUCGCUUGAAGCAGGGCAUGAUCAGGAACAGGAUCAUGUGUCUUCGGAAGUGGCAGCAGCAGCACAGGCUUCCUUUCACUCAGCAGGAGAUCCAAAUUUACAGUCCACUCACACCACAGACUCUGGCUUCUCUGAGCUGCUUUCUAGCUCCCAGGAUCCUUUUGGAGAAAAAGAAACGUCAUGCGAAAAGGCUGUGAAACCAGAAGCUGCAGUCACAGGGUACCAACAACCCUCAGACUGUAGUUACAGGAGUGGUUCCCAGUUCUAUAUCUCACUACAAGAUGCCAACAACAAGGAACUCAAACUUGAAGACAAAGGGGAUGGAGUACUGGAGGUGACUGAAGACUGCACGUUGGAGCUCGUGUGGAAGAACAAUGAGCGGCUAAAAGAGUAUGUGCUGGUGCGCUCCAAAGAGCUGGAGUUUGAUGAGGACCCAGGCUCUGCCAGUGAGACUGCCAGGGCGGGACACUUUACACUGGAGCAGUGCCUCAACCUCUUCACCAAGCCUGAGGUGUUGGCACCCGAGGAAGCAUGGUACUGUCCAAAAUGUCAGCAGCACAGGGAGGCCUCUAAGCAGCUUCUGCUUUGGCGUUUGCCGAAUGUGCUCAUCAUUCAGCUUAAACGAUUUUCCUUCCGGAGCUUCAUCUGGAGAGACAAAAUCAAUGACAUGGUGGACUUUCCUGUGAGGAACUUGGACUUGAGUAAGUUCUGUAUCGGCCAGAAGGAAGAUGUCCAGCAGCCUCCUAUUUAUGACCUAUAUGCUGUUAUAAACCACUAUGGAGGAAUGAUUGGCGGUCACUACACGGCGUAUGCUCGUCUACCCAAUGACAAAAACAGUCAGCGCAGUGAUGUUGGCUGGCGUCUUUUUGACGACAGUACAGUAACUACAGUGGAAGAAAGCCAAGUGGUGACGCGCUAUGCCUACGUGUUAUUCUACCGACGUAGAAACUCUCCUGUUGAGCGACCGCCUCGUCUGCUCGACCCGCUGGGAGACGAGUCUCCUGCUACAGCUGGAGCCGCUGCCAGUCAGGCGUCUCUGAUAUGGCAGGAACUGGAGGAAGAAGCGGAGGAGCAGCAACAUGCUCCCUCCUGGAGCCUCUUCCGGCCCAGAACCCGACAGAGAAGACAGAGGACAAGGCUGGAGGACCAGGAUGGCCGCCAUGGAGGGCUUACAUGGCGCAGACAGGAACGUGUUUCUGAUCAUUCUGAUGAUGACUGUACCAAAUAUUUCCUCUUGUGCACUGUGGCUGCAGUGUUUGCACUACUGUUUAACAUCAUCUACCCAUUAAUAUACUAAAUCUCACUGGGAAUAAGCUGAAAAGUAUCACACAUAUAGGGUAUAUAAAGUUACAGUGUGUUGUAAUGUGCAGCAAACAUCCAAAUCAGAAUAUACCAAGAGUUACAUUAGCGUAAUGCUGUUUUUUUUUUUUUUUUUUUUUGGUUUAAAUUAUUUAUUUAUUUAUUUAUUCUGUAGAUGAGGCUCAGAGCUUCUCUCUGACUUUUGUAUAAAAAAAGGAUGAUUUUUAAAUGUCUAUCUAUUUCUAUGAUUUUUAAAUACAACAGUGAAAUUUAAAAUUAAUUACUAACUAAGUGUACAGUACAAUCAUUUUACUAUUUAAAAGACAUUUAAUAGAUUUAAUUACCAGGCAAACUCAGGGUAUCUUAACUCUGUUUUAACCCAUUAUCCAUGUUUAGCCUUUUAUUUCGAAAUUAAUAGAUCGCUCAUGUAACAGCUUGCAAAAAAAAAAAAUCUGCUUAAACUUUGUUAGCACAAUGAUUUUAGUUUACUAUUCUCUCACAGUAACAUUUAAUAUCCUUAUAUCAAUCCAUCUACUCACGACUCCAGCCACUCCAUAAUGACACUUCAUACAGGGUAAAUAUAUAUAUUGUGGCAAAUUUCUUAGUAAUAGGUGCUUCCAUCCGUCGAAAAUCAAGACAACUAUAUAUAUAUAUAUAUAUAUAUAUAUAUAUAUAUAUAUAAAAUGUGAAGCCAUGUGGUGGAACCUCUUAAAAUGGUUUAUAAAUUGUACUGUUUUAGUUUUGCAUUUUUAUUUCAUUUAUCUGUUUUGAUUUGUGGCUUUGCCAGGUGAUGGUAAUAUCACUGUCUUUUCUUACUCUUAGUAUUUCCAAAGCUGGUUGUGUGUAAGACUGUGUGCAGGACUUUUUUUUUUUUUUUUUUUUUAUAUGUAUAUACAUUUCCACAUGCAAUAUUGGAAACCAAAGCAAUAAUUGCAACAUGCAGUUACCAAUGUCUUGCAUGUGCUCAUUUUAAUAAGUGGUCUAUUUUCUAAAAAAUAUCUGAUUCGUCUUUAAAAAAAAAACAAAAAACAAAAAAAAAACUCUGUGGAAUCUUUGUCCCUGUGCACACCUCUAGGUUCGUCAUCUUUUUUGUGGCCCUUCACUUUAUACGGUUGUAGUUUUAGCAGGAGUAUACUUGUGGCCUCAGGGAUGUCAUUCUAUAAUACUUGCUAAAGCAUUGUGGAAUACGCUUCAGUAUCUGAAUGUAAUACCACAAAACAACUUGUUCAUUGUGACUUGUAUAUUGAUUCAUGCUUGCACAUACAUAGUCCUAAACUAGAAUAACAGCUUUCGCCCUCAUGCUAUUCUGUAUUAUUUUAUAUACAUGUGCCCCCCCCCUCCCCCCCAAACACAUAGAUGAUAUCUCUCCAAAAAAGUCUUAUUGAACUGUAACAUGUAUCUUUUAUAAAAUCCACAUACUUGCUGUGUAGGCAGCCUUUAAAUAAAUUCUAUUGUGCAAUUAAAUUAAUACUUUAUCAUAGUUACAAUUAUUUUAUUUUGUAAAUAUUAUGGUAUUUAUGAUUAUGCUGUAUUGCAGAAAUAAUCACAACAGACUCUACAGCAGUGUCCUAAGUGCUGUAGUAGUCACAUGUCCUUAUGUUGUGUAAAUAAAAUGAGUCAUCAGCUGCACGAUGGUGUUAUUGGACUUACUUUGUUUGAUUUGUUUUGUAAACUGUAACAGUC